UGGCAGAUCCAAAGAGACGCCAGUAGCUUUAGCUGAGGGACAUUGAAUGACUUUGUACCCGUGUGUUGGGAACGUUAAGAAAGUUGUUUUUUUGACAGGUCGGGAUUCUUAUCGGAGCUAAUGGAGGCACUCAUACCUGUCAUAAACAAACUGCAGGACGUUUUUAACACAGUCGGCGCAGAUAUUAUCCAACUGCCGCAGAUAGUUGUUGUGGGAACCCAGAGCAGUGGGAAGAGCUCUGUUUUAGAGAGCCUGGUUGGCAGAGACAUCCUUCCACGCGGCACUGGCAUCGUCACGCGCCGGCCCCUCAUCCUACAACUCGUGCACAUCGAGCCAGAGGACAGCAGAAAAGCCAGCGAAGAAAAUGAAUCCAAGAGAAAUGGGCGCCUUUACAGAGGAAUCGAUGGAGAAGAAUGGGGAAAAUUCCUACACACCAAAAACAAGAUCUACACAGACUUUGAGGAGAUCAGACAAGAAAUCGAAACAGAAACAGAAAGAAUUUCUGGCAAUAACAAGGGUAUUAGCGAUGAACCCAUUCACCUGAAAAUCUUCUCCCCACAUGUUGUGAACCUCACGUUAGUGGACCUUCCUGGCAUUACAAAGGUACCAGUGGGAGACCAGCCCAAAGACAUAGAGAUCCAGAUCAGAGAACUGAUUCUGAAGUACAUCUCCAAUCCCAACUCCAUCAUCCUGGCUGUGACUGCUGCCAACACAGACAUGGCAACCUCAGAGGCACUAAAGGUGGCGCGUGAGGUUGACCCUGAUGGCAGAAGGACACUAGCAGUGGUGACCAAGCUGGACCUGAUGGAUGCUGGCACAGAUGCUAUGGAUGUCUUGAUGGGCAGAGUUAUUCCUGUCAAACUGGGCAUUAUUGGAGUAGUUAACAGGAGUCAAUUGGAUAUCAAUCAAAAGAAAUUAGUAGCAGAUUCUAUCCGUGAUGAAUAUGCCUUCCUACAAAAGCGGUACCCCUCCCUCGCGAACAGAAAUGGAACCAAAUAUCUGGCUAGAACACUGAACAGGUUACUCAUGCACCACAUCAGAGACUGUCUUCCUGAGCUGAAGACGAGGAUCAAUGUGCUGGCAGCGCAGUACCAGUCUCUGCUCAACAGUUAUGGUGAACCCGUCGAUGACAAGAGCGCCACGUUGCUGCAGCUCAUCACCAAGUUUGCUGCAGAGUACUGCCACACCAUCGAGGGCACAGCCAAGUACAUUGAGACAGCUGAACUAUGUGGUGGAGCAAGAAUCUGUUAUAUAUUUCAUGAAACGUUUGGUCGCACAUUAGAAUCAGUUGAUCCUCUGGGUGGCCUGACAACCAUCGAUGUGCUCACAGCGAUCAGAAAUGCAACAGGCCCGAGGCCUGCUUUAUUUGUGCCUGAGGUUUCGUUUGAGUUGCUCGUGAAGCGGCAGAUCAAACGUUUGGAGGAGCCCAGUCUGCGCUGUGUGGAGCUGGUUCAUGAGGAGAUGCAGAGGAUCAUCCAACACUGCAGCAACUAUAGCACACAGGAGUUGCUGAGGUUCCCAAAGCUCCACGAUGCCAUUGUAGAAGUGGUCACCUCCCUUCUCAGGAAAAGACUCCCAGUCACAAAUGAUAUGGUUCAUAACCUGGUUGCCAUUGAGCUGGCCUACAUCAACACCAAACACCCCGACUUUGCUGAUGCCUGUGGCCUCAUGAACAACAACAUAGAAGAACAAAGACGUAAUAGGAUGAGAGACCUGCCUUCUGCUGUUCCCAGAGACAAGUCCCUUAAAGGCCCAGGUGGGCAAUCUCUCUCCCCCACUGAGCCUCCUGCCUUUGAGGGCGAGGUCCCCAAGGCAGCAGCCAGCAGCUCUCAGAGCGCUCCUGCACCUGAGCAGAUAGACACUGCGACAGGCGGCUGGAGGGGCAUGUUGAGGAGGGGGGAGGAGAGUUCAGCUAGUGACAGGGCCAUGAUGCAGCCUCCUGCAAGCCCCCAGAAGGGUCACGCUGUCAACCUGUUGGAUGUGCCUGUUCCGGUGUCCAGGAAGUUGUCUGCUCGGGAGCAGAGGGACUGUGAGGUCAUUGAGAGACUCAUUAAAUCAUAUUUCCUUAUUGUUCGGAAAAACAUCCAAGACAGUGUACCAAAGGCAGUGAUGCACUUUCUGGUGAACCACGUGAAGGACUGCCUGCAGAGUGAGCUGGUGGGUCAGUUAUACAAGACAGUUCUGCUGAAUGACCUGCUGACCGAGUCCGAGGACAUGGCUCAGAGACGCAACGAGGCUGCUGACAUGCUCAAGGCGUUGCAGAAAGCCAGCCAAGUGAUAGCAGAGAUCAGAGAAACCCACCUGUGGUGAGAGCAACUCUCUUCAGCUCUCCUCAUCCCUCUUGGACUGUCAUCCUCACGAACCAUCCACCCCUCUAAACCCCUCCUCCCCUGCCGAGAACAAACAACCUGAAAAUGCACUGGUGUCGAUAUGUUUAUAUCGAAACAUAGUUUUAAUGUACAGCAAAGACUUUGAUUUGAUGAUGGACAGUAUAGUUCAGUCCCUCACCAUCAGCAUCACACAUGCUCUUGUCAUAGAUUAUAAUAUUUUUCUUAAUGUGAUUAAAACAGUAAAUAUACAGAUAAUGUUUUGCAUCGCCACUAUGUGGAGCCUUUGCUGGGGAAUGUCUGCUCUUACUGUAGAUCCGAAUUAAAAGUAGAAAUGACAAACCGUA